GAGAUCACGCAUCACCUCACUCUCAUUACGAUGAGACCACUGGAGAAUUGAUCAACUUUAAUAUGGAAUAUUUUACAAUGGGAACAAAAUAUAAUUUCUUCACAAUAUCUGAAAGUAAUCCUAAUGGACAGAUAAUUUGCAGCAUUACGGCAAAGGCAUCCUACGUUCAUAGCUUUGGUGUCACACCCAGAUUUAUCGUUUUGGUGAUUUUUCCAUUUUACGUCAAAAACGCUGGCAUUAACGUAAAGUGGUCGGACAACAUCUUGGACUGCUUUAUGUUUAAGCCAGAUGAACCCACAUUAUUUUACGUAAUUUCCAGAGAGAAGAAACAACACGUCGCCACUUAUAGAUCUGAUCCCUGUUUUGCAUUCCAUCAUAUCAAUUCAUUUGAAGAUGAAGAUGACAACAUAUAUUUGGAUAUUGUGUGUUAUGAUACAACGGAUGUUGUAUACGACCUGACCAUAGAAAAUUUGCGCCAAGGAUUAACCAUUGGCCUGCCUAUGGCCGAAGUUCGUAGAUUCGUCUUGCAAGGUGUCCAACGAGAAUCUAUGAAAUUUGCAAAUAAUGCACGAGAGACUCAAACGGAUGGUUCUCAAAGCACGUUCAUGUCGAUGUUUUCGAAAAGUCCAUCGUAUCAACAAGUUUCCGCGUGUCCUAAUGCAAGUUAUGUUAGGUGUACUGAUUCUACUUUGGAGUUACCAAGGAUCAAUCCCAAAUUUAAGCGUCUAAAGUACCGAUAUGUCUACGGCAUCGGC